UCGCAGUGCUUCGAUCAACGGACGUUUCCUCGAUCAAUUUUACUUCGUCUGUUCUGUCCAUUCAUUCUCAUUAUAACGCGAGAUGGCACGUGUUUCGAAAAACACGAGCAUACUACAUACUAUCUUUCAUUCCAAGUGCAGAAAACGCGAACGAGGCAACCGCGGUGCGUGAAUACGACGAGUGAUUUUUCAUCGAGGCUACGUGCGAUCGUAGUUUCGAUGACGCCGCGUGAAGUGCCGAUCGGGACUGACCAGAUUUUCGAAUACGUGAUCUGUGUGCUGUUCAUGCCAUGAAGGAGCGGAGUCAGUGGAGGUGAGAAACAGGAGAGGAGGAGGAGGCCCGGGGAGGUGUCGUGCAACAGCGAAAACAACCGCGAGAUUGAAACAAAACUUCGCUGCUGCACAUAUCGGAAUAGAAUUUUCUCCGUCCGUUAUUCGUUAUCCCUAAAUUCGUUUAAACGCGAUAGACGUUUCGAACGUCAUGUCCAGUGAUGAGGAGGAUCAACAGCAGCAACAGCAGGAGGAAGAGAAACCGUUCGCCGUGGAACGCGCGAAAACCGGCCGCGCAAAAUGUAAGAAGUGCAAAUGUCCGAUCGAGAAGGGCGAGAUACGGAUCGCCAAGUACGUGACGAGCUUCUUCUCGGACGGCAAACUGAUGCCGGCCUGGCACCACGUCACCUGUCUGUUUGACGUGUUCGCGAAACAACGUGCCACCACCAAGAAGAUCGACGAUCCCGCGGAGGACGUGAAGGGUUGGGAGCAAUUGUCCGACGACGACAGGAAGGUCAUCUUGGACAAGCUGGAGGCAUUCGAAAAAUCAUUUCCGGCUAAGGGUGCGAAGAAGACUACAUCGCCAGGUAAAGCGGCCUCUUCUAGUAAUUCUUCGGGGAAAACAGUAAAGAAGAAUUUAGAUCGGAAGAAGGUUGAAACGGAUGAUAAAGAAAAAGAUAAAGAGAAAGAUAAGGAGAGAAAGAGCAAAAUCCCGUCGAAGGAUGAUUCCUUUCGCGAAUUUCGACGUAUAUGCAGCAAUGUCGCCGACGUCGAUGCUUACACCGACAAGACUGCGAUUAUUAAAAGGAUGUUUACAAAAGGAUCACUCGGAGACGGUUUUAAGGGCGACAUCGUGCUCUGGUGCAAACUGUUGCUGCCCGGCGCGGUGAAGAGAAUUUACAAUCUGCAGAGCAAGCAGCUGAUAAAAUUGUUCGCGCGAUUGCUGCUCCAGGACGAGGACGCGAUGCUGGAACAUCUGGAGCAAGGCGACGUGGCCGAGACGAUCAGCGUGUUCUUUGAAAAUAGCGCUGCCGUGUCGCCUUGCGCCGCGAGCGUGUUGACAAUUCAAGACGUCGAUCUCUUUUUGGAAAACUUGUCGCGUUUGACCAAGGAAGAGGAGCAGAUCCAGCAUUUUCGAUCUAUCCUUGAUAAAUGUACCGCCAACGAUCUGAAGAUGAUCGUGCGUCUGAUCAAACACGAUCUGAGAAUCAACGCCGGACCGAAACAUAUUCUCGAGGGGCUCCAUGCGGAUGCGUACAAGGCCUUCCAGAUGUCCCGAGAUCUGGAAGCGGUAGUGCGACGUUUCCUGCCGAAUCUGGAGGAUAAACCGCAUGCCUCGAGCUCGCCCUUAAGCCGGAAAAAAGUGGCCAUUUCGCUGAUGACGCCCGUUUUACCGAUGCUGGCAGAGGCGUGCACGUCCGUGGAAAUGGCGAUGCGAAAGUGCCCGAACGGAAUGUUGUCGGAGGUCAAGUACGACGGCGAGCGCGUGCAGGUGCACAAAUGCGGAAACGACUUUCGAUACUUCAGCAGAUCCCUCAAGCCGGUCCUGCCGCACAAGGUGAAUCUCUUCAAGGAUUAUAUAGUGCAGGCGUUUCCUGAUGGCGACGAUCUAAUCCUCGAUUCUGAGGUUCUCAUGGUUGACAAUGAGACUGGGCAACCUUUGCCUUUCGGAACCUUAGGAAUUCAUAAAAAAGCCGAAUUCAAAAACGCCAAUGUAUGUCUUUUUGUCUUCGACUGCUUAUAUUACAACAGCGAGAUACUUAUAGACAAAUCUAUGUUGGAGCGCAGGAACAUCUUGAAGGACAGGAUGACCGAGAUACCGAACAGAAUAAUGUUGUCGGAGGUUCACGAAGUGCAUGAUCCACGGGAUUUAGCGGAAAGGAUUGUUCAAGUGUUGAAACUGGGUCUCGAGGGUUUGGUUCUGAAGGACAUCGAUAGCAAAUACGAGCCGGGCAAGAGGCACUGGUUGAAGGUAAAAAAGGACUAUCUGUGUGGUGGUGCGAUGGCUGAUAGCGCAGAUCUCGUCGUACUUGGUGCAUGGUACGGCACGGGCAACAAAGGCGGCAUUCUGUCGGUCUUUUUAAUGGGCUGCUACGACGAGAGGCACGGCAAGUGGUUAACUGUUACCAAAGUACACACUGGACACGACGAUGCCACCCUGGCGUUAUUACAGGACCAGCUGGACAUGGUGAAGAUCGGCAAAGACGCAGAGAAGCUACCGAGCUGGUUACUUGCCAAAAAACCCAUGGUACCGGAUUUCGUGGCGAGAGAUCCCAAGAAACAGCCAGUAUGGGAGAUAACGGGAGCCGAGUUUACGAAUCAAGGAGUGCAUACUGCAGACGGCAUCAGCAUCCGGUUUCCGCGUGUCACGCGGAUCCGCCACGACAAGGACUGGUCGACGGCCACCACCCUGAACGAGUUGCGUCGCCUCUUCCAGAAGAAGCCCGAAUCCGCCGAUUUCGAUCGCUUGUUCGGUACGUUAGCGGAUGUCAAGGACGUCUCAAAGAGGAAAAAGCUGCCUGAUUCUGCGAACACGUCGCCGAGGAAGAACGAGAGCGUGAAAACAGCCUCGUGGGAUGCGCCAUCAACGAGUUCCAAGGUCAAGGAGGAGCCGAUGGAUGUCAAGAAGGAAGUUAAGAGGAUACCACUUUCGGAAGAAACCCGAAAAAGACAAAAGGGAGAUGAAUGCGACGAUGGAUCAUCCGACAAAGUCCGGUCAGAGAAGAAGAAAGCGAAAGUUAAACGCGAUAUUAAGGACGAAAUGAAGGAUUUCCCGUCAACAAGGUUCAAGAAAGAGGAGAGAUCGGAGAUAAAACGGGAAAGGGAGGAUUGCAUUGAUCAUUUCGCUAGCGGAACAGAAGGAUCUUUCGAGUCUUCGUUCGAUGCGAGUGUCUUUGAUUCGGACACCGAGGAUAUCAAAUAUAAUAAUGUGCUGCAAGACAUGCGAGUGAGUCUCGCGCCUGAUUUCGAUACAAGCAGGAGGAAGGACGCACGAAGGAUGCUUAAAACACUCGGCGCCACCAUAGUUACGCCGACGAACGGACACGAUUUGACGGCGACUCAUGUCAUUCAUACACGCGCAGAAAUUCCGUCCUCAGCCGUCCUCGGGGACUUUACGGACUUUCCGCGGACCGCCAAGCACGUGAACGUGUCUUGGCUGGAGGAAACUGCGGCGCGGUCGAGGAGGCAAAAUGAGGUCCGGCACGCGGUUCAGCUGACUGGAGAUUAUUGCGAUUGUCCGUGCACGCAUCGAUAACGCAGCAAAUACUUAUACUCUCGCACAUGCGAUUUAUGUAUAUAUGCAACACACCGCACUUUUACUUCUCAAACGUCUUUGAUAAGAUUUGUAAAUGUUAGGAAACUGUGUAAAUUUAUAUCAAAACAAAGUAUUAUCGUCUUCUGAUGGAAGCAAAAAAAGCAUGAGGCAAAAGUAAAGAAUACUUUUGCUUGAUAUACAUAUAUAAUGAAAUUACUUUCUUAGUUUAAUUACUUCUAAUUCUUUCUUCCCUAUUUCAAGUAAAUCUGUACCCACACGUAUAAAGAUUAGGCAUAUACAAAUUACACACACAAUUGGCUUCGCAAUUAUAUAUAUUUAUAAUAAAAAGAAAUAUGUAAAUGUUAAUGAAAUAUGUAAAUCUGUAAAACGAAGCAAAUAAUAGAUGUCUUUUCAUGAAAGUAAAAAAUAAAGGCAAAGGAAAAAAUAAAGGAUAUA